GGGUUGUUACCAGGCAGACAGCCUUUCCAACAUGGCAGCGUCAAGCAACGCAGAGCAUACGCACUUGCAAGACAUGGACGAGGACGAUGCGGGGAUAGAGGAGCGAGAAAUGGACUCGGAGAGCGACGACGAAGAAGGCAUGGGAGUGGAAAAUUCAGACGACACGUCAGAAGACGAGAAGGAAAAUGAAGCCGAAAUACAACGGCUUGAAGAGCAGCUAUCAAUCAAUGCCUUUGACUACAACUGCCAUGUAGAUCUCAUCAAACUACUGAAGCAGGAGGGAGAGCUUGUUCGUCUGCGGAAGGCCAGGCAGAAGAUGAGCGAGCUUUUUCCUCUCACAGAAGAGAUCUGGCUAGAUUGGCUGAAAGAUGAGAUUCGCCUGAAUGAAGAAGAACCAAACCGAGAGAAAGUUAAUGAACUUUUUGAGAGGGCUGUAAAAGACUACAUCUGCCCAGAUAUCUGGCUUGAAUAUGCCCAGUAUUCUAUUGGCGGUAUGGGAUCACCAGGUGGCAUUGAAAGAGUGAGAUCCAUCUUUGAGAGAGCAAUCACGGCCGUUGGGCUUCACAUGACCAAGGGGCAGACGGUGUGGGAGGCAUACAGAGAGUUUGAGAAUGCUAUUCUGGCCACAGUACAGCCUGCUCCUGGCAGGAUUCCCAACCAUGACGAGCAAGAGCUGCUGAACAAGCAGCUUCAGCGCAUCCAUACACUGUUCCGACGCCAGCUGGCCAUCCCUUUAAUGGACAUGGAAGCAACAUAUGCAGAGUACGAGGACUGGUCUGACCAUGGGCCACCUGAGAUAGUCUUGAACCAAUACAAAAAGGCUUUGCAGCAGAAGGAGAAGUGCAAGCCCUUUGAAGAGUCAUUGCUGGUGGCAGAGACACCUAAACUGGCCGAGUAUCAGACCUACAUUGACUUUGAAAUGAAGGCGGGUGACCCAGCACGGAUUCAGAUAACCUUUGAGCGAGCUCUGGCAGAGAACUGCCUGGUACCAGACAUGUGGACAAAAUUCACCACAUAUCUUGACCGUCAGCUGAAAAUCAAAGACUUGGUUCUGUCCACUCAUGAUCGUGCUGUCAGAAACUGCCCAUGGACCAUGGGUUUGUGGAAGAGCUACCUGUUAGCUGUAGAAAGGCACGGGGGCACCCAUCAAACUGUCACAGAUGUGUUUGAAAAGGCGCUGAAUGCAGGUUUCAUUCAAGCUAAGGAUUAUGUGGAGAUCUGGCAGGCUUACCUCGAAUACCUGAGGAGACGUGUGGAUUUCAGCCAAGAGUCAAGUAAAGAGUUGGAGGAGCUACGAGGAGCCUUUACUCGCUGUCUGGACUACAUAAAACAAGAUGUUGAAGAAAGAUUUGGUGAAAGUGGAGACCCUUCAUGUAACAUAAUGCAGAUUUGGGCAAGGAUUGAGGCCUUGCAUUGUAAGAACAUACAGAAAGCCAGAGAACUGUGGGACAGCAUCAUGACAAAAGGGAAUGCCAAAUAUGCCAACAUGUGGUUGGAGUACUAUAACCUUGAAAGAGCUUAUGGAGAUUCUGUCCACUGUCGAAAAGCUCUUCACAGAGCGGUCCAGUGCACCUCAGACUACCCAGAACACGUGUGUGAAGUCCUGCUCACCUUUGAGAGAGUGGAAGGUUCUUUGGAGGACUGGGAUGUGGCAGUUCAGAAAACAGAGACUCGGCUGAACAGGCUUAAUGAGCAACGGGCAAAGGUGGCAGAAAAAGAAGCCAUCCACGCUCAACAAGAGGAAGACCUAGCUGAGCAGAGGCGGAAGGCCAAGACAGACAAGAAGGCUCAGAAGAAACUUCAGAAGGGUGGUCGAUUUGGGGAGAAGAGGAAAGCAGAUGUUGAGCAGGAUGAGUGGAAUGACAACGCAGAACAAGCUCCUAAGCGACACAGAGGAAAUGGCGAGCAAAGCACAGAGGAGUACAUGGAGACUGAAACUGGACUACUUGGGAGGAAUGCUCCUUCUGGCUAUAAAGGUUCGGCACCUGGAAACAAGAAAUCCCAGCAGGCCAGUGUACAGAAGCAAAGCCAUGAUAAGCCUGAGCUUCGGGACGAUAGCAACAGUGUGUUCGUUAGCAACCUGACAUACACCUUGGAGGAGCCCGAGGCCAAACUUAGAGCACUCUUUGAGCCCUGUGGACCCAUUAAACAGAUUCGCCUUGUCUCCAGCAACAAAGGGAGCUUCAAGGGCUAUGGUUAUGUGGAGUUUGAAAGUUCUGUGUCCGUCCACGAAGCCCUCAAACUGGACAGAAGUGAGGUGGAGGGCAGGCCUGUGUUUGUGUCACCGUGUGUAGACAAGAACAAGAACCCAUACUUUAAGGUGUUCAAGUACAACACAUCUAUGGAGAAACACAAAAUCUUUAUCCAGGGGCUACCAUUUUCCUGCACCAAGGAGCAACUGGAAGAAAUAAGCAGGUGCCAUGGCACCGUUAAAGAAGUUCGUCUGGUCACAUAUCGCUCAGGAAAGCCCAAAGGUUUGGCGUAUGUUGAGUUUGCUGAUGAAGCCCAAGCUUCUCAGGCAGUCUUAAAAAUGGAUGGCACCUAUGUGGAUCAUCAUCAGAUCAGGGUUGCUAUAAGCAACCCUCCACGCAGAUUCCUACCUGGUCCCAAUCAGCCCGCAGCACCCCUGAUGCCUCGCCCGGUCCACGGAGGGAGAGGCAGAGGACGCACACAGUUGUCAUUGCUCCCUCGAUCCCUGCAUCGCCAAAGUGGUCCAGCAAGCAAAGUUGAGAAUGGGACUGCGCACGAGCGAGGUGCUGGAGAUGCUCUGUCAAAUUCUUUAUCAAAUUCAGACUUUGCCAAGAUGCUCUUGAACAAGUAGAAAGAUGUUCAUCCCUUUCAAACAGGAUCACCCUUGGUCCUUGUCAUUUUUACUUUUUCUGUCUCUGGCUGUGUUUAAAUGUUGCUGUCAGGUUGUUUUAUUAAAACAAAGUGUAUAAUAAAUGUGUAAAUAUUGUUUGGAAAAUUAUAGGCACCAUCUGAAAAACUUCAGCAUUUUUAUUUCUAUGUGAUGUAAUGUGAAAUGUAGGGAAAUUAUUUUUUUUGUAGAAUUCUGCUAAACGCAAAUAUCAAGGUCAACAUUUGCAGUGUUUUAGCAAAGAUUGUUUUAGCGUAACUAUAUAAGUUUGAGAGGACUGGACUUGUGACGUAUCUCACAGUAUCCAACUACACACGUCUCCACACUGCCACAUUUAAAUAUGUUAAAAUCAAAAAGCCACAUUGGUUAACUGAAAUGUGCAUAUGUGAUGAUAGGGUCUGUUCUGUAUGGAUGUUACGUCAGUUCCAGUUUUCUAAUUAUGGUAUUUGUGUUAAAAAAAAAAAAAAAAAGUUCAAAUUUUAGAUGUAUGACAAGAGUUUUUAUUCCUCUAUAACAAUCAGCUGGCUGCUUAACAGUAGGAUGCCAUGGAGUAACUGAUAAAAUGUUUUUUUAAGCCUACAUGGAUUUUAAGGAAAGUAUUUUAAGAUGUUUCCAUGUACAUUGAAACCUCCGAAGUUGAAGAAACUUCCAAGUUCUAGUUUCAAACCAAUGUUUCCCCAUAGAAAAUAAUAAAGGGUGUAUAAAAAAAUACACUCUCCAGAAAGUAGCCACUAAAGUUACAAUUGAAUAUUUUCAUGACAUUUCUUUAUUUGCACAUGUUGGUAGUGACAUCAUCCUUCGGUCUAUAUCAAAAUGUAUUGCAUAAUUGCAUGCAUGACUGUACACAGGCCUGUUUUCCAGUGGGCAAAAAAUUCCUCCCAAAAAUGACAUUACAACAUUAACGGUGACAAUUAUCUCUGAAAGUUGAAUGAGCAUAUUGUUCGUACUCUCAGAGGAAUGCCGUGUUUUCGUCUUGAAGGAAAUGGGCAGCUGGCUCGUGUUUGGUGUGCCCAAGAUGGGGGGCCACCACACCGGAGGAGAACUGUAACUGAUCGGCUAACAGAGGUUUUUGGGGACCAUGUUGCUUUGAACUGCCCAGUGGAAUGGCCCCCGAUGUCACCUGAUUUAACACCUUGGGACUUUUUGCUUUGGGGCCAUCUCAAAUCAAAAGUGUAUGUGACACCACCACAGGACGACAUUGAACAGCGAAUCAGAGCUGAAGUUAACAUCCUCCAGAGGGACGGGAAUAAUGAGGCGAGCAGUGCAGGACAUGCGGAGGAGAGCGCAACUGUGCAUUCAAAGAAAUGGAGGUCAUGUUGAGGACUUGGCAAAAAGUUACAUCCAUUACCCCAAGUAGCGUAAACAGGGUUUAGAACAAAAUUUCUCAUUUUGCAUCACAGUUUAAGGCUUUUUCUUAAAUUUUAACCCUUUAAUUUUUUUGAGCAAUUUUUUUUUUUUGCCCAAUGGAAAACGGGCCUGUGUUCAGUCGUGCAUGCAACUAUGCCAUCAAUUUUGGUAUGGACCAAAGGAUGAUGUCCUUACCAACAUAUGUAAAUAAAGACUUUUCAUGAAAAUAUCUAAAGGUGACUUUUUUUGAUACACCCUGUAUUAAAAGUU